UUUGAUGCCACAACAAAGGAUUACCUCUGCUUUCUUCGGCGGGCGUGCCGCUGUCGCUUCUGGUGCUCAAUAACAUCUCGGCAUUGGAUUUGAUGGUCACCGUUUCCCCUAAUGGAAAUGGCGCCGCUCCCUCCUGGAUACCGGUUCCAACCGACCGAUGCUGAACUCACCCUCUACUAUCUAAAGAGGAAGAUACUGGGUAAAAAGUUGCGCCGCAAUCCUGUUACAGAAAUCGAUAUCUACCAAUUCGCCCCCUGGGAUCUUCCGGGGAAAUCUUCAAUGCCUACUGGGGAUCUUCAGUGGUAUUUCUUUUGUACUUGCGGCCGGAAGUACCCUACCGGGUCAAGAACUAACCGGUCGAACCAAGCUGGGCACUGGAAAGCUACUGGAAAGGACAGGAAGGUGGUCUAUAAUUCUCGGACUGUUGGGAUGAAGAGGACCUUGGUGUUUCAUGCUAGCAAGGGACGCAAGGAGAAAAGAAACGACUGGGUCAUGCAUGAAUAUAGGCUGGUCGAAAGCGAAGUACCUAAUGCUGGUGUUAGACUGCACGAUUUCGUUCUCUGCAAAGUCUAUCAGAAAAGCGGUCCAGGUCCCAAGAUUGGGGAACAGUAUGGCGCUCCUUUAGAGGAAGAGGAAGAGGAAGAGGAAGAGGAAAUUAAUGAGAUCUAUAAGGAUGAUGGCAUCGACUACAAUUAUUAUGGUGAUCCUGAGGAGUGA